CCAUCCUCUCUUCUUUUCCUUCCAAAACCAAAAGAUUCAAUGGCACCGUGCAUUGACACUUGCAGAACCGGAAAAACCCAAGACGAUGAUUCUCGGUUCCAUUUCUUCCGACCAUGUUUCUCUGAUCGGAUUUCACGCGGGAACCACACCAAAACCAAAAUCGACGAUGUCUGGAUCAAGAUGCGGGAAGAAGCCAAGUCCGAUGUUGAGAAAGAACCCAUUUUGUCAGGCUACUAUUACUCUUCCAUUACGACGCACCGAUCACUGGAUUCCGCUUUGGCGCACAUCCUCUCCGUAAAGCUCAGCACUUUAACCUUACCAAGCAACACGCUCUUCGAACUGUUCAUCAGCGUUUUAGAGGAAAGCCCAGAGAUCAUCGGAUCGGCGAAGCAAGAUCUAUUAGCAGCCAAAGAAAGAGACCCAGCUUGCGUAAGCUACAUCCAUUGUUUCCUUAGCUUCAAAGGUUUCCUCGCUUGUCAAGCCCAUCGAAUCGCUCACAAGCUCUGGACGCAAGACAGAAAAAUCGUAGCUUUAUUGAUUCAAAACAGAGUUUCAGAGGCUUUCGGCGUCGAUGUUCAUCCGGGAGCGAAGAUCGGAAAAGGCAUAUUGUUAGACCACGCGACGGCUGUGGUGAUCGGAGAAACGUCGGUGAUUGGAGACAACGUCUCGAUUCUCCACGGCGUGACGCUCGGAGGAACAGGGAAACAGAGCGGCGAUCGGCACCCGAAGAUUGGUGAUGGGGUUUUGAUUGGAGCCGGGACUUGUAUAUUGGGGAAUAUUACAAUCGGUCAAGGAGCUAAGAUUGGAUCGGGUUCGGUGGUGCUUAAGGAUGUGCCGCCGCGUACGACGGCCGUUGGAAACCCGGCGAGAUUGAUUGGUGGGAAAGAGAAUCCGAAAAUGCUUGAUAAGAUUCCCGGUUUGACCAUGGACCAGACAUCGUAUUUAACCGAGUGGUCUGAUUAUGAUAAUACUAAUCCAAUUGAACAGUUAACCAAGAAACUGAGCCGGUCUUGCAACAACAACACGAAGCAAAAACCUUUCUACGCUUCUUCUCCUUUUGGCGAGAUAUCUUUCUCUGGGUUCUUCGCUUCUCCUAUAUUCAUAUGGCGCUUGACUCAUCGGUUCUUGGUCGAUCUAUCGUUGCCACUCGACAAUAUAAAAAUUCAAAAUCUUCAGAUAAACAAGCGGAGCACACUCUGUGUAUCCUCUAAUCCAUCCAGUCUGGGUUUUACUAGAUUCCGGCAAAGAUGUCAAUUUAGCCACAGAAGUAGGUUUGUAGUGUAUAGCGCGAGUGAAGAAGAUGCGGGUAGUAGUCAACAACAUCCCAAUUCCGGCGGAGAGAUCGAGAGUUUACUACUGAAACGAAGAAUCGUUUUAGGAGCAGUGGUGUUUGGAGUUUUGUUAUAUGGAUGCGGGAAAGCAUUAGCAUCAUCAUCAAGUGUGGUGGAUGUGGCUUUUGCUCAGAGCGUAUUGUUGUGGAAUAAAGCUUGGCCAAAAACUAGUCAGGUUCUUAAGCUUCUUAGAGAGCAAGGUCUAAUCUUAGCUGCGCUUCUCGGUCUAUCAGCAUUCUUCUCCAUGGCAGAGACCUCCAUUACCACUCUUUGGCCGUGGAAGGUGCGUGAGUUGGCUGAAAAGGAGCCUGAAAAUGGGGUCUUUAGAAUGCUGCGUAGUGAUGUUACCAGAUUCUUGACAACCAUACUUAUUGGAACAACUGUUGUGAAUAUUGCUGCAACUGCCUUGGUCACGGAAGCGGCAACAGCUAUUUUUGGUGAGGCUGGUGUUAGUGCAGCUACUGGAUUGAUGACGGUAGCCAUAUUACUCCUGACCGAGAUAACUCCAAAAAGUGUAGCCGUUCACAAUGCUCAAGAAGUUGCAAGGAUUGUGGUCAGACCAGUGGCAUGGCUUUCCUUGGUAUUAUAUCCUGUUGGGAGAGUUGUGACAUAUUUUUCGAUGGGAAUCCUAAAAAUCCUUGGUUUGAAAGGGCGGAGUGAGCCAUAUGUUACUGAAGAUGAACUGAAACUAAUGCUACGUGGUGCAGAAUUAAGUGGGGCCAUAGAAGAGGAAGAGCAGGAUAUGAUUGAAAAUGUGCUGGAGAUAAAAGAUACACAUGUUCGAGAGGUGAUGACUCCCCUUGUUGAUGUCGUUGCAAUAGAUGGCAGCGGCAGCCUAGUGGACUUCCACAACUUUUGGGUGACCCAUCAGUACUCGAGGGUGCCUGUUUUUGAGCAGAGGAUCGAUAACAUAGUUGGUAUUGCAUAUGCUACGGAUCUCCUUGAUUAUGUCCCCAAGGGUGAACUGCUAGAAAGUAUAACCGUGGUGGACAUGGCACAUAAACCUGCAUAUUUCGUCCCUGAUUCAAUGUCGGUUUGGAAUCUUCUUAGGGAGUUUAGAAUAAGAAAGGUUCACAUGGCAGUUGUUCUUAACGAAUACGGUGGAACCAUUGGAUUAGUAACUCUUGAAGAUGUCGUCGAAGAGAUUGUUGGUGAAAUAUUUGAUGAAAACGACUCAAAAGAGGAGAUUCAGAAGAAAACGGGUUAUAUCGUGAUGAGAGCUGAGGGUAUAUAUGAUGUUGAUGCCAAUACUUCGAUUGACCAGUUAUCUGAAGAACUCAACAUGAAGAUGCCAGAGGGACAUCAGUACGAAACGGUCUCUGGUUUUAUCUGCGAGGCCUUUGGGUAUAUACCAAAGACUGGUGAGAGUGUGACGGUAGUCAUCGAAAAGGAAAACUGGGAAGAGCAUGAUGAACAAGAUGAGGGUAAACAGGCGCGUCAAGAUCAGAAGGAGAAGCACCAAAUCUAUAGACUAGAGAUUCUAGCAGGAAACGCCAGAAAAGUGAGUGCAGUCCGGUUUGAAAGAGUUAAUGAUAUGAACCAAGUUUCAGAGGCGCGCGAUGUAAGAAACAUGGUUCCCAAAUUCGUAAGAAAAUGGAGCAGUGAGGAAGAAUCUGAGCACGACCGGAACUCGUUGUACCAAGAAGACAAAGCCAAGAGGGCCGUCUCUGAUGAAUUUUUAAUUGCUGAAAAUGAAAAUGUGAGAAAAGAGUAA